CUUCCGUGAAGCGUACGUCAACAACAGAAUAAAGAGGGUUUUUGUUUCACAGAAAAAUCAGCCGUAUAUGGUUUAAUGUGCAUUAUUUAAUGCAUUAUGUGUCGAUAUCGAGGGCAUGAUCUGGGAUUCAGAACACUGCUUUCCUUCGACAAGGCUGAAGAAAGAGCAUCCUGACCUGUUUUGUGGAUGUUGAUAUAAAGCCAUGGAUGUCCUGCGGGUGCUAUCAGUCACCAUGGGAAGGAUAAGCACGUUCAGAUCUUAUCAGAUCGUAUUGCUCCUGGCUGCAGCUAUGGCGGUGGUAGCGUUCUACUACUUUGGCUCAGAAAAGCAAAACUUCUCCAGCACCACGAAACGGAUCAAGGAAACACAAGCGAGUCACAACACCAACCGUGACGAUGCAGAUCUUUCUUUAGACAUCAGGUCGGGACAAGCAGAAAGCAGGCACGGAAGUCGAGAUGAUUUGGAGGAGAAGCCACAGAGAAUCAAGCGCUUCCAUGCCCUCAUGAUGUUCACAAAGGUUAACAAGAGCUUGAACUUGCAGAAUAAGUUUCAGGUGGCCAUGCGUUCCUUGGCCAAACACGGACGCUUUCUGGAGGACGAGGUGCUGGUUCUUCAUUUCGUCUCGGAUGUUGGGAGUCAGGAGAUAGGAGAAAGGAUGCUCCAGGAACAUCUGCUGGAUGCAACCUUCCUGUAUGAGGUGGUGUUUCAUAAUGUGGAUACACUUACAGAGAAGUUAUUCCCCAUUGUAGAAGCUAUGCAGAAGCACUUCAGCGCAGGGUCUGGUGCGUACUACAGCGACGCCAUCUUCUUCCUGUCUGUGGCAAUGCACCGAAUAAUGCCUGCAGAAAUAAAGAGAAUUGUUCAGCUGGAUCUGGAUCUCAAGUAUAGAAGCAACAUAAGAGACCUCUUCCUAGAGUUCAAGCAUUUUUCUCCUGAAGCUGUCAUUGGAAUCGCACGAGAGAUGCAGCCGGUUUACAGACACACUUUCUGGCAAUAUCGCAAAGACAAUCCCAAAUCCCACGUUGGAGAUCCUCCACCAGACGGUCUGCCCGGCUUCAACAGCGGAGUGAUGCUUCUGAACCUCGACGCCAUGCGUCGCUCAACUUUAUACAACCAGCUUCUGGAGCCCAAGCGGGUGACGCAGUUCGCCGAAAAGUUCCACUUUCGGGGUCAUCUGGGAGAUCAGGACUUCUUCACCAUGAUCGGUAUGGAGCACGGGGAGCUGUUUUACCCACUGGCCUGCGGUUGGAACCGACAGCUGUGCACAUGGUGGAGGGAUCACGGGUAUGGGGAUGUUUUCCAGCUGUAUUAUCAAUGUGAUGGGCCGGUCCACAUCUUCCAUGGCAACUGCAAUUCUCCCAUACCUGAUGACUGAGUGUGAACCAUGACGGAAAGAUUCCCAAAGAUCCAAAAUUCAGACACAUUUAUUCCCAGAUCAGUAUUACUCAAUAUACUAUGAUUCUUCGCAGUUUGAAGUACGCUGCUUUUUCCUUCCCAUGAUUCCUUUGUGCACAUGUGCAGCUCUUGCAGACUGUCAGUGGAGAUCACAUUAACUCAUCUUUCUAAUGCACUAAUUUACCCUGAUAUUACCUUGUUUUACACUGUAAUUGGCUAAUGAGAGGUGGCUGCAUAACAGUGAACACAUUGCACAUUGACUUGGAAAUGAAAUUUCUCUGUGAUGUAUGAGUGAAUCUGAAAAGCUAAAAUAGCAUCUAGAACAUCUGAGUAUCGGUGUCGUUUUGAGGUCCGAUCUUGCUGUGGCGCUCUGAUCCGCCUGAGAAAUAGGAAGUUGGAUUGAGGGGAUAUUCAAAACAUAUACAAGAGAUUUUAGAGGGCAGAGCUGUCUGUUGUGGUUGGCUGGCACUUAUCGAGCAAUGCUGCUCUUGGCAAACCUCUGCAGAAUUCUGCGAAACGUUAGUAAUAACCUCCGCAAUGUCAAAUCAACAGGGCGGAGAAACAGAGGAUCUCCCUCGACCCUGCGCUGCUUUGUAAUAGGUAUUCGUGGGUGUUGCCAGGCUUUUGUGAGAUCCCACACUAAACUCUAUUGUGUCAAUAGGCCGAUAUUGUGAAGCGAGGAACAAGCAUGUCUUGGGGGUUUUCCGUUAAUUAGUUUUUUGUUUUAGUGGGAAUGCAGUUGUGUUUUGUCUAGCUGGUUCUGUGUGAGUCAUUUUAGACUUUGAUGAAUUGAUGUUGUUCUACUUUAGCCUGAUCAAAUGAAAGGCUUAAUGUUAGUCAUUGAACUGGUGGUCCAAUCUCUUGCAUUCGCACACAGUUUAUAUUAUUAUAUUUUCAUAUAAAAUGAAACUGUUGUUUAUGAGAUUUCUUUGUAAAUCAUUUGAAUGGUUCAAUUCAUUGGGACAAGCAAGGUAGAAUUUACACUGCGAUCCGAUUUGCUCGUAUGGGACCCAUUGCUUGUAAUUGGUUUACACGUAUCAUAUGCUUUUGUUGGAGUUGUUAUGUGACUUUUAUGUAUGAUUUUUCUUUCACAGGAACCACUCAGGAAAUGCUGACUGGGUGAAUUUUUAGUGGAUUUAUUGUGAGAAAGUUUCAUAUAAUUUUUGCAUUGUUUUCCUUUUCUUAAAUAUUGAAUGUAAAACAAAUAUAUCUGUCUACAUAUGUUGUCAUAAAAACUGGAUGUAUUAACAUCAACGAAUCGAAUUCAAAUGAAGAGGUACCAUAUUUUUGAGAUAUCAAAAAUGGCUUGUAUUAAAGCUCAGAAUAAAAUGUCUAGUAAUUACUUGUAAA